AUGUCCUUUUUUGGCUUCGAUUCAACGCUCCCAAGGGACAAGUCCGGAGGCGAAAGCAAGGGUAUCUUCGAGCACACCAAUCCUUUCAACGAGGUUGCGAAAGCUCGCAAGUUGCAAGCUUUUCAAGGCAAUGAGGAAGAAAUUCUCGAUUUCGAAGACACCUACGACGGCUUAGGCGAUCAACUCGAGGAAACUGGAGAUGAUUUUAAUGAUGAUACCUUUGGUGGAGGUGCUGAGGGUGCCACCGAUCAAGGCAACGUGGGAAAAAACUUCGAUUUCUUUGGAAAUACAGCUCAAGUCUCCGACGCCAUCGACGAAGAACACCUGCGCUUCAAUUUACAGCACCCUACUUUACACCAAGCUGCCCCUGUCCCACCUCCGAAGCCGAAGAAGACUGGUUACGAGAAAUAUCAAGAUCCUGGUUAUAUCCCAGAUAUUCAGGCAAAAUCGGGAGCAUGGGGUUCAAAAUCUCACAGCUCAACUCCAUCUGGUGAUAAUCGCAUCAGCACAGCUCGAACCAGCGCACCAGCUCCUUCCGCCUCAGCCCCUGCAGCGUCCUCCGACGUCAAAAAGAUGAGCUUGGAAGAGGUCGAAGCUGCUCUGCUGGCUCAGUCCCAGGGGCAACAACCACCGUUCCCUCAACCGCCGCCGCAGUCUUUCCAAUUUCCAGCCCAACACAUGCAACAACCUCCUCCGCAUCAGCCAUAUCAACCAACGCCACAAUCACAACCUGGAGGACCGAUUCAACAGCAGCAGCAGCCACCACAACUUCCUCCUCCUUCUGUCAGCCCGAUGCGUCACAGUCGAAUGCCUUCUCAACCACGUCAACCUCAGCAGCCCCGGCAAAUCCUUCAGAAUCCUAACCGGGCUCGUCAUUCACCACAACCAAGUAUAGAACGAGUUCACAGCAUGCCACGGAGCGGACCGCCACAGUCCGGAGCUGUACCCAUCAUCGCUCAUCCUCAGCAGCUGAUGGAACUGUCGGAAGGUCAACGACGUGCUUACUUGGAAGAAGACGCUAAACGAGCUAAAAGGAAUCACAAAAUCUUCUUAUUGUCCAGGGGAAAUGGUCUGAUGACACCGCAAGACAAGAAUUUCAUUACUCGAAUUCAACUUCAACAACUGGUGACCGCCACGGGGAAUUCGGCCGAUCCGAACCCGGAAGCCGCACUUAAUGAGGAUUUUUAUUAUCAAGUCUACAGCCAAAUCCGGGGAGCUCCGAGACAACAUCCAACUCAACCACUAGGGCAUUUUGCACAGACCUACCUGCUUCACACUGGUACGCGCAUGGGUGGCAGAAGACAACAUCUCAAUGGAGAUAACCACAUGCAAAGAAUGCAACAACAAGUGCAACGUGCAGUCGAGGCUGCCAAACUCAAGCCCAAGAAUAAACAACUAAUCAUCGAAGGCAGCUUGGGGAAAAUAUCGUUCAGCAACGCCAAGACACCGAAACCAUUGCUGAACAUCAAGAGACAAGAAAAUCCUGAAAUCCGUCCAACGAAUGGAAAAAGGGCGACGGCGAGUGGCGAGGGGUCAAGUGGUCGAAAGACCAUCUUGAAGAACAUUGAGGCUGUUUAUACGACCUUGAUGCGUCUUGAGGACAACGAACGACAAAUGCCUCCACCUCCCACCGAAGGUGAUGCCGACUCGAUUCAAGCUCACCUGGAGUGGCACCAAAAGAUGCAAGGGCUCAACAAGACUCUCUGGCAAGAUCUCAAGGUUCUCGAUCCGAUAGUGCCUGGAUCAUCGGUGGUACAUCCUUUCAUUGCAUUCCUUUCAUUCGCCAAAGGUAAAAAGGCCAUUCCUCGCGUUUUUCGCCAGAUCGACCAGGAGCAACGAGUGACCAUUUUGACGAUGAUUGUGAUCCACCUGGAUCAACUGGAUGUGGUGAAAGAUGCACGUCCGGCACCGGGAGAUACACAACCACCUCCACACGUACGUGAAGAGAUUGAAUUAUUUUCUCAAGCUGUCAUGCCUUGUUUGCUAGGCUAUAUCAGUGAAGCACCUAUCAACAUUGUCAUUGGACUGCUGGGACUUUUGAUCGACCAUACUAAUCUGGCAACUGUUGCGCAAACCAAGAUUGGCCUGGGCAUGAUGACAAUCCUCCUGAGCCGGGCAGAAUUGGUCAAAGAAACCGGCUCGGUUGCCGAUCAAGAUUGGCAACAGUGGACGACAUUAUACAGCCGACUUUUUGAUAUGUUGGAGCCGCUCUUUAGUUCCCUAUUUCCUGGGCCCGUCAAUUCUGGCGACGACAUGUAUGUUUGGCAGUUUUUGGCCGCGGUGGGCAUUGGUGCUAGCCCCGAACAGCAGCAGAGAUUGGUCAUCGGUGUCAAGGAUAGGGUCAUGGAGACUGUCCUGCAGAGCAAGACAUUACCUGCUGAAAUGUCGAGUGUGAGACUUGGUAAUGUCAAUCUGUUCAUGAGAGCCAUUGGUCUUGAUGUGGAAAUGCUGGGGUAA